GACGCAUUCAUAUUACCAGGAACCACUCGACGGUGUGUCGGAGGGAGGCGGAGGAGCGCCCGGCGACCCCUGGAAUAUAACCCACCCGGCCCCGGCCCCUUCCGCCAGUGCUGCUCGGGACGCUCCAGGUACAUCAUCCCCCUAUUUACCGCACUCACAAGACCAUGACGCAGAUGUGGGCGGCGCUGGUGGCGGCGGCAGGACUCUGGACCCUGGUCACUGCCCACAAGAUAGAGCUUGGACGGUGUAAGUCACUACCGGAGGUCCGGAACUUCGACCCAGAUAAGUUCGCAGGUGUGUGGUACGUGGUGGAGUCGAUGCUGGCCAGCAGCUCGUGCAUGGUGCUGGUGUUCAACCGUACGGAGAACGGGUUCACGGUGCAGGACUCCAGGGAGCUCCUCAUCGCAAAGACCAUCGGGUUAGAUCAUGUCUGGAGAAGCACUGGCACCGUGGCUGUCUCUAGUAACCACUCUGCUAAGAUGACGAUGGAUAUGCCUUGGACUCCAAGAUUCCUCACCACCUACCUGACGGUGGUGGACACUGACUACACUCAGUUCGCUGUCCUCUACGAGUGUACCACCAUGCUCCUCGUCCGACGCUACACUGUCCGCAUCUUGGGUCGCCAACCUACACUGGACGAUGCUCUUAUUGACCAGUGGAAGGCAAAGUUGAAGGAGAUGGAAAUUAACCCCAGUUCUUUCAACAAAAUUAACCAUAACAACUGCAAUAGGAAAGGUCAGGCCGAUUUCGACAUCAACGUCAGUGACAGCACCAUUGGAUUCAGCGAGUCUAACAACGGUACAUUUGGAGACAGCGAACUGGACUAUAGCGCCUUUGGAGGGAGCGGAGCUGAGAACAUUACCAGCGAUGUCACUGAGGCCAACAACGAGCUGGACAAUGAGAUUUAGAAACAUGGUCUUGGUUCCGUAGUGGCAGUUGGAAGGUGUUUAGUGCUAGCCUCAUCACCCACUCCUGGAUCACGAUACAUUGGUGGUAGGUGUGAUAUUUCUCUCCAUAAGCUAGGUUAUAGUAUCAUAUGGUGUGGAAUUUGUGAAUAGGCUGUUAUGGGCAUUAUUCCUAUAAAUAAAAUUAGGAACUGG